AUGUCAGCCUCGCAAAUUCCCAACCUCAACACCCUCCGCCGGGGCGCCGGUCGCGGUCGAUUACGCGGUCGCGGUGGACACGAAGGCUCUGGACCUGGCUCUAGAUCCGGUUCACAGAAAGACCGCGUGGUGCAGGGGACAGACAAUGACGCCAGCGUCUCCCGACUGAGUGCGGUGGGAUUGGGAUACCUCGAGGAUCCGUUUGCGAGGGCCUUGACUCCCCCAGGACAGGAGACGAGACGACUACCUAUUAUAAAUAGAGGAACCUACGUGCGCACAACAGCAAUCGACCAACUUGUCGCGCGAUUCCUCGGUUUGACCGCAGAUUCCGACCCAGAAUGGAAGAAUAAAAGAAAGCAAAUUAUCUCGCUGGGUGCUGGGUCGGACACGCGAGUUUUCCGGCUUCUGUCGCUGCGCCCGGCGCUGGAUCUUGUUUACCAUGAGAUUGACUUUGCCGUUAACAAUGCCGCAAAAAUAAAGGCUAUCCGGGGGACGCCGCUUCUACAACGAGCACUGGGACGUCCGGAGGAAGUCGAUAUUUCUGAUGGAGGAGAUGAGCUGCACUCGCCUGCCUACCAUAUCCAUGCGGUUGAUCUACGGACGCUUGCACGCGAGGGAGAGGCUGAUAACAAUACAUCGCCCGUGCAAGAUCAAGGCCAUCGACUGAAAGAACUUGUGGACCCGACGCUUCCUACGUUGCUACUGUCUGAGUGCUGCCUGGUGUAUCUUGCGCCGGACGAAGCUGCUGGUGUAGUGCGGUAUUUCACGCACACAUUAUUCCCCGCUUCGGAUGAGAAGACUGAAGCGCUGGCUUUGGUCAUAUACGAGCCUAUCCGGCCUGACGACGCAUUUGGGCGGACGAUGGUCGCGAAUUUGGCGACUCGUGGAAUCCAGUUGCAAACGCUCCACAAGUAUGCGUCGUUGGAGGCGCAGCGGCACCGCCUCCGCGAGCAAGGCUUUGACGGCGGUCAGGCGGCAGCGGACAUCGAUUUCCUGUGGGAGCGUUGGGUGGCUGAGGAGGAGAAGGAUCGCGUGGCAGCGCUUGAGAUGCUAGACGAGAUGGAGGAGUGGAGGUUGCUGGCACAACAUUAUUGCAUCGCAUGGGGAUGGCGAGAUGGCAGCACUCGGUUUAAUGGAUGGAGGGAGCUGGAGCAGCAGUCUGCAGACUGA